UAACUGGUUGGCAGUAGUAAGUAACUGGUUGGGCCCAUCCACGAUGGCAGGGAAAUCGUUAAAGUGGGAGUAUUUCGACCGUCAUUCAUUUACUCACAGCUGUCUCCAGCCAGGUGUCGGAAGAGCAGAGAUUUCAGAAGUUUACACAAGAUACUCCUUGUUUUACCACGCACCUUUUGCCCUUGUUGGCAGCCAUAGAAUCACAACGCCAAGAUUCAAGAAAUUUGGUUGAUGCAUGAUACGUAUAUACAUCGAAUAUCUUCCCCACUACCUGCUGCCUGGUACUGGCAAUUUUUGUGUGUAUACGCCUGUACCAACAGAGCACAAUAACACAGGGAAACCAGUUUGUCGUCUUACGCUGCUGCCACUGGCCCAAGAGCACGGUCCAGUUCAUUUCAAAUUGUCCUCUUCUUCUUUUUUUUUUUGCAUUCAACUCAUUAUUUUUCAUUUGCAGAGUUUAAAGGACUCGGCAGGACACAGGGGAAGAGGGGAGAACAAGAAAAUUGAAAGUAUGGGAGUGUUUGUGAGAUGUGCUGCAUGGAGGAUCGGCGGAGCGAUGCCAUUUUGCUUCAUUCCCGCCUGUGACGUGACCAUUUGGCUUCUUUCCGACAUGUUGAGCUUUUCCACACUUCCAUCCGAAUCAGGUCAGCAAUCAAGCUUAAGGAGCACAGAUCCAAUCUGUCAUGGCACUGAAAAGGGAGCCUUCGAUUUUUCCAAGUUUGCUGAAAAAUCAAAACCAAUCAAUCUGGACCAUCAGAGAUCAUUAGAGGAAAGGUCUCUCAGUGAGCUUCUGUCCCCUAAUUUGAUGUCUCCGCGUCCAACUUCUAAGACGAUUGAAACAGUUAAAAGCUCGGAAUGUCUUGAAGGCAUGUUUUUAUCGGCUCAGAAUUCUCCUUGUGCUGAGCAUCAUUCUUUUGAUCCACAUCCUAUGAUUGGCGAUGCUUGGGAAGCUUUACGUAAAUCCUUGGUUUACUUUCGAGGAAAACCAGUGGGGACCAUUGCUGCACUGGACCCUUCAGAAGAUGUACUCAAUUAUAAUCAGGUUUUUGUCAGAGAUUUUUUCCCAAGUGCUUUGGCAUUUUUGAUGAAUGGCGAGCCUGAAAUAGUCAAGAACUUCCUUUUGAAGACUCUUCGUCUGCAAGCAUGGGAGAAACGCAUAGAUUGUUUUACCCUAGGAGAAGGAGUUAUGCCUGCCAGUUUUAAAGUACUUCAUGAUCCUGUGCGGGAUACUGAUACAAUGAUUGCUGAUUUUGGGGAGAGUGCAAUAGGCAGAGUUGCUCCUAUAGAUUCUGGAUUUUGGUGGAUUAUUCUGCUGCGUGCCUAUACAAAGUCUACUGGAGAUCAUUAUUUGGCAGAAAUGGCUGACUGCCAACGGGGAAUGAGGCUUAUUUUGACAUUGUGCCUCUCCGAAGGAUUUGACACCUUUCCCACUCUUCUUUGUGCAGAUGGAUGUUGUAUGGUUGAUCGCAGAAUGGGCGUUUACGGUUAUCCUAUUGAAAUUCAAGCUUUGUUCUUUAUGGCAUUGAGGUGUGCUCGAAUACUUCUUAAACCAGAAGGUGAAGGAAAAGAGUUCAUUGAGCGAAUUGACAAACGGUUGCAUGCAUUAAGUUAUCACAUGCGCAGUUAUUUCUGGCUUGACUUUCAGCAGCUGAACAACAUAUACAGAUACAAGACUGAAGAAUAUUCUCACACCGCUGUUAAUAAAUUCAAUGUUAUUCCUGAUUCUAUUCCAGAUUGGGUACUUGAUUUCAUGCCAAUAAAAGGAGGCUAUUUUAUUGGAAAUGUUAGUCCUGCACGGAUGGACUUCAGGUGGUUUUGCUUAGGUAACUGUAUCGCAAUUUUGUCUUCCUUAGCAACACCUGAACAGUCUAUGAGAAUAAUGGAUCUUAUUGAAGAGCGGUGGGUAGACCUGGUUGGAGAAAUGCCUCUCAAGGUUUCAUACCCUGCCCUAGAGGGUCAUGAGUGGCGAAUUGUAACAGGAUGUGAUCCAAAGAAUACUAGAUGGAGCUACCACAAUGGAGGAUCUUGGCCAGUGCUCUUGUGGCUACUCACUGCAGCUUGUGUCAAAACAGGAAGACCACAAAUGGCAAGACGAGCCAUUGAAUUGGCAGAAAACAGAUUAUCCAAAGAUGGUUGGCCUGAAUAUUAUGAUGGCAAGCUCGGACGCUAUAUUGGAAAACAGGCUCGAAAAUGGCAAACUUGGUCAGUUGCUGGGUAUCUGGUAGCUAAGAUGAUGCUUGAAGAUCCAUCCCAUUUGGUGGGUAAAUUCAAGGAACAUAGAUUGCAUAGCAUUUUAAGGAAUGUCAUCCAUGGUAGAUUUACGGGAAUAAAAACUACGAGAUCCGGGUCUGGUUCGACCUAGUUCGGUUUUGGGGCCGAUUCGUCAGGGAAGUCAGUUAAAGACGCGUGCGAAUGACUGUGAGUUAAUCCCGGACGAACCUGUGCUAACCUGACAGAAAAUCGCGUACUUUUUUUUUUUUCUUUCUAAUUCUCUGAUUUCUCUCUUUCACUGAAUACAUGCCGGCCAAUGGCGUUGUUCCCAUGAGCAUGAGUAGCACUGAGAUGCCGUGGAUGCAGCUAUUCUGGCUCCAAAAAUGGACUAAUUUACCAUGGAAAGUCAAUAACAUGAAAGUUAGUCAUGCAUUAUACACUGUUGAGCAUGCAAACUACGGAUGUGUUUUUCCAAGCAGUCAAUAAGAUGAUGUACGACUACGCUGUUUUGGAGCCAGUUUAGCUUCUCCAGAGACACAGUAGGUGUUUUUAUUUAUUAAGAGAUUUUUUAAGGUUUAAAAAAUCAAAUAUAGACUUUCCAAGUCAAACGAAAUAAUUUCAACGAAAUCUUGUAAGAUUGAUUAUUUAAAAUCUGCAUUAGCAUAUCUAUUUUCAGAGAAAUAUAUGUAAAGUACAUCGAGAGAUUUCUUUGAUUGAACCUUAAAUUUUAAGUAAGUGUACCCAAUCCUAAUUGAAUUAUAACUCUUUUUAAAUUCA